GUGGUCUUCCUUGUAGCGAAUGGAAAACUACCGGGGGAAAGGUGUUGUCGAGAUGCUGCUGUCGUCUGGCAGACUCUUCCUCUUUCUCAUGACUCUUGGCAAUGGCAUCUGGCCUGGCAUGUCACGUUACUCACACCAUUUCCAUGCUUCCGGAGUUGUCUACGCUUAUUGCGAUUCGUAUGUUUGGUGCGCGUCGGACAUACGGACAUACAGACAGUUUCCCAGGUUGUCUCUUUUAUUUUCUGGCACUUUUUAUCGGUCUCGAGUAGAAUCUUAUAAUGCAAACAUGUAAUCCGUUUAGCAUUCCGCAAUAUGUGAUUACUAACUACUGCGCAAUAUUAUGCUCUAGUGAAUCACUUUCCCGAACCGCCCGAACCCGAAAGCAAAGGGUUUUUCUAUUUCAUUUUUCCAGAUUCGGUUCUGCAUUUAUAGCUAGCGAAAACUGACCUUUGAACUCUUGUGUCGCGGAUUUGUAACCCUGAUGACGCGAGCCACCCUAGCAAAAUGACAUUUAUGCUUGUUGCUGCUGCUAAAGGAGUGCGUAGUGUGAAUGAGAUGCAAUUUUAAGCGAUUCGAGGAAAAGAAGAAGACACAGAGCAGAGCAUCGUGAUCGUCAAAUCUGAUCGGUCUUCCGAUCGGUAACUUCGAUUUGCGUACAGCGACACACAGUCGGGCAACGGAAGUACAGCCUGAUUUUCGGCCCCCAUCAUCCCGCCGGAUAUAGGCAUCAUAAGGACGCGUCGAAUCGACGGCGUUAGUACCAUCUAGCCACGGAUCUUCACCACCGUUUGUAGACUACAAGACUGCCAGCGAAACGGUGGCAACGGCAUCUAGUAGGCAAGCAAGAAAAGCAAGCGCAUCUGGAUGCGCGUGUGAUUUUUUGAAGUAGGACAAAACGCACGUAAACGAUAGCUAGAGAAAAUCAGCGUCCAAAAGCUGCUUCCAGCUUCCUCCAAGUUGUUCCAAGCUAGGGCGCCCACCCAACCACCAUACCACAACACAUCCUUUCAACCAGAAAUCCACAACCCACCACCACCAACUCGGGCGCAUCUGCUCGGCUCCAAGCGGGAGAUCUCCAGGGAACAUCAGGAUCGAAGCAACCGCUUGUCUCGAGAUCUGUGAAUGUAUGAGUGCGAAAAGCAGAAUGAAGAAUGCAUGUAGCUGUAUGAUGAAACGAGGAUACAAAUCAUAAGUUUUGAGAACGAUUGUGACAACAAGUGUGAACGAGAAAUUAUAGCACAUCCAAGGAAGUGUGAUCGAGAACGCAUGCGAGUAGUGCGAGUAGUGCCCGAGCCCGCGUCUACCAAUCGACUGAGCGAAUCUUUCGUGCAGAUAGUUGUGGUUAAAAAGCAUAAGUACCGUUGUGACAGUUAAAGGGAUUGUGUUUCUGUGUGUGAGCACACAACGAAAGGCAAUUGCGGUACAAAAUCGGAACUGGCGUAUUCCGGACAUUCUAGCAUUCUGAUAGCAAAACAAGCGGCAUUCGAACCGAGCAGUCCAGAAGUGAACUUGCCGAGACCAUGGCGAUCCCAAUGAUACGUUUGGAUGAGGCGAAUCAGUUGUUGGAUUUCUCGAAGAAGCUCGAUAUCGGUUUGUUGGACAACAUUGUGGCCUGCUUGUACAAUAGUACCGGCGAGCAGCUGCGGCUAGCGCAGACAGUGCUCACGACGCUGAAGGAGCACCCGGAUGCGUGGACGCGCGUUGACAGUAUACUCGAGUACUCGCAAAACCAGCAGACAAAGUUCUACGCCCUGCAGAUCCUCGAGGAGGUGAUCAAAACACGCUGGAAAAUCCUGCCUCGCAACCAGUGCGAGGGCAUCAAGAAGUAUGUAGUCGGGCUGAUUAUCAAGACGUCGCAGGAUCCUGCCGUGAUGGAGGCGAACAAGGUCUACCUGAACAAGCUGAAUAUCAUUCUGGUACAGAUACUGAAACGCGAAUGGCCGAACAAUUGGCAGACGUUCAUCAGUGACAUUGUCGGUGCGUCCAAGACGAACGAAACGCUCUGCCAGAACAACAUGAUCAUCUUGAAGCUGUUGAGCGAGGAGGUGUUCGAUUUCUGUUCGGGCAACAUUACACAGACGAAAGCGAAGCACUUGAAGGACACGAUCUGUUCGGAGUUCGCGCAGGUGUUCACGCUAUGCCAGUUCGUGCUGGAGAACUCACUGAACGCUCCCCUGAUCUCGGCCACGCUCGAGACAUUGCUGAAGUUUCUCAACUGGAUCCCACUCGGGUAUAUCUUCGAGACUAAACUCAUUGACAUGCUGGUCUGCCGUUUUCUCACGAUACCGAUGUUCCGCAACAUCACAAUCAAGUGUCUAUCGGAGAUUGCUGGGCUACAGCUGCCCAACUACGACCACGUGUUCAUUGCCUUAUUCAAGCAGACGAUGGAACAGUUCGACACGAUGAUACCGCCCAACACCAACAUGAACCAGAUCUACAUGAAUGGGUCGGAUGAUGAGCAGUGCUUCGUGCAGAACCUCGCCAUGUUUCUGUGCACCUUCCUGCGGGUACACGCGACACUGGUCGAGAAGCGGGACACGAUGGACGUGGUGCUGAAGGCGCUCGAAUAUCUGGUGAUGAUUUCCGAGGUGGACGACGUGGAAAUCUUCAAGAUUUGUCUCGAGUAUUGGAACAGCCUGACCGGUGAGCUGUACAAGGAAGCGUACACGUCGAGCCAGCGACGCACCUUCUACUGCAAGAUUCUGUCCAAGGUGCGCUACAUUAUGAUUUCCCGCAUGGCCAAACCAGAGGAGGUGUUGGUGGUGGAAAACGAGAACGGUGAGGUGGUGCGCGAAUUCAUGAAGGACACGAAUAGUAUUAAUUUGUACAAGAAUAUGCGCGAAACGCUCGUCUACCUGACGCAUCUCGACUAUUCCGACACGGAACGCAUCAUGACGGACAAGCUGAACAACCAGGUCAAUGGAACCGAGUUUUCGUGGAAAAAUCUCAACACCCUCUGCUGGGCUAUCGGUUCCAUCUCUGGUGCGUUCUUCGAGGACGACGAAAAGCGCUUCCUGGUGACGGUCAUUAAGGAACUGUUGGGUCUGUGCGAACACAAGAAAGGCAAGGACAACAAGGCAAUCAUUGCGUCCAACAUCAUGUACGUGGUCGGGCAGUAUCCACGCUUCCUGCGCGCACACUGGAAAUUCCUCAAGACCGUCGUGAACAAGCUGUUCGAGUUCAUGCACGAAACGCACGACGGUGUGCAGGAUAUGGCCUGUGAUACGUUCAUCAAGAUUGCUCUCAAGUGCCGCCGGCAUUUUGUGCAACUGCAACCGAACGAGUCCUGCACCUUCAUCGAGGAAAUUCUGGGCACAAUAAGCACCAUCAUUUGUGAUCUUCAACCUCAGCAGGUGCACACGUUUUACGAAGCUGUCGGCUAUAUGAUAUCAGCCCAAGCGGACCAGGUGCAGCAAGAUAUUCUGAUCGAAAAGUAUAUGAUGCUGCCGAAUCAGGUUUGGGAUGAAAUCAUCUCGCAAGCCACCAAAAACGUGGACAUCCUGAAGGAGAUGAACGCCGUGAAGCAGCUCGGCAGCAUACUUAAGACAAACGUGCGGGCCUGCAAAGCCCUUGGGCACGCAUAUGUUUCGCAGCUUGGCCGCAUCUAUCUGGACAUGCUGAAUGUGUACAAAAUCAUGUCGGAGAACAUCACCCAAGCGAUCUCGGUGAACGGACCAACAAUCAACAACCAGCCGCUCAUUAAGGCGAUGCACGUGGUGAAGAAGGAAACGCUGACGCUCAUCACGGAGUGGGUCUGGAAGUCCAACGACCCGCAGAUGGUUAUGGACAACUUCAUUCCACCGCUGCUGGAAGCCGUACUGUGUGAUUACCAGCGUACAAAAGUACCGAAUGCUCGCGAGCCACUGGUACUCAGCACGAUGGCGUCCAUCGUGAAUCGAUUGCAAGCCGUCAUCACACCCGAGAUACCGAAGAUCUUCGACGCGCUGUUCGAUUGUACGCUCGACAUGAUCAACAAGAACUUCGAAGAUUACCCGCAACACCGGAUCAACUUCUACGAACUGCUACAGGCGGUCAAUAUGCAUUGCUUUAAAGCGUUCCUUAGCAUUCCGCCCGAACAGUUCAAGCUGGUGUUCGACUCGAUCGUGUGGGCGUUCAAGCACACGAUGCGAAAUGUGGCCGAUACUGGACUGAACAUUCUCAUGCAGAUGUUGCAAAACUUGGAGCAGCAUCCGCAGGCUGCGCAAAGCUUCUACCAGACGUACUAUACCGACAUCCUGAUGCAGAUUUUCUCCGUCGUCACGGAUACGUCCCAUACGGCUAGUCUGCAGAAUCACGCUACCAUUCUCGCCCACAUGUUCACACUGGUCGAGGCAGGGCGAAUCACGGUGAAGCUCGGUCCAUCGGACGACAACGUGCUCAACAUCCAGGAGUACGUCGCCACGCUGCUCAAGUCCGCCUUUAGCCACCUGACCGACAACCAGAUCAAGAUUUUUGCCACCGGGCUCUUCAAUCUCGAUCAGGAUGUGCAUGCAUUUAAGGAGCAUUUACGGGAUUUCCUCAUUCAGAUUAAGGAAGUAACCGGAGAAGAUGAUUCCGAUUUGUACCUGGAGGAACGGGAAACGGAACUGAAAAAAAUCCAGGAGGAAAAGCGUCGCAUGAUGAUGGCGGUUCCUGGUAUGUUGAAUCCGCACGAGAUGCCAGAGGACAUGCAAGACGAGUAAGGCGCUAUGGAUCGAAGAGUGGAUCCGCCGAGAAGCGAACGAUGCCGCUGCGCCCCUGUACACUGGAUCCAACAAUGCACCGGCCUGUCGUCAAUAUGUUUUCCCGUUCGUCGUCUCAUAUUGUUGUUAGGCCUCGCUGCCGAGAAAAGUGAAGCAGAAUUUCUUCGAGAUCCAUCUUCCAAGAAACAACGCCGGAGAUAACAAAUAAGCGAAUGUUAUUAAAGCGAGAGCGCGCGCGCGUGCAAGAGAGACAUGUAGACAGGGAUAAUAUCUGCGGAUAGCCUCCGUGUAGUAUUGCUUGCAGUUCUAUAUAGGUGGAUGUCAGCAGGGAUGUGUGCGCGUAGUUUAUAGAACUUUUCUUUAUUUUUUUCCUUUUGUUUUUGCUGCUGCAAAUCCAUCCCAAUGAACAAGCGUUUGAGCUAUCCUUUCAGCGAGAGUGGCCCUCUUCCCCCAUAUCCCCCCAAAAGCGCGAGAGUUUGUGUGCAUGCGAAGAUGUGUGAAAUGUAUGUAUUAUCAGGUGAAAAAAGCGAGCAGAAGGUAUGAAAGUAGGACAGGGACGCCAGCAUGUGUGAAUGGUUGCGUCGUUUAGGAAUCUGCACUAUGCGGUGUAUGGUUGGAUAACGAUAACAAUAUGAAUAUGUGUAAGCCCUCUAAAUAAAACACGGCUGGCAGAAAGCUGCAGGAAGUUUGCCCUAGGGUACUACGAUGUUGGCUACUGCUACUGGCUCCAACAAAGCAACAAUACAACUGCAUCUAUCGCCACUACGAGAGAACUACUUACUAUCCAUAACGGUUCGUAUAGGUACGUGGCAAGGAUAGCUUUAUAGUAUCGAAACUAUUGUAAAUCAUGUGAGGCAGAAUCGAAACUGCGAAAUGGAAUAUAUAUAUGAAAGAGGAGCAGAGGAUAGACAGGACAAGGUACGCAAGGCUCUCCCCACCAUCACUAUCUCUCGCAUAAGAUAUACGUUUUGCGCGAACUCGGUAUCGGAUCCCGGUAUCGGAGAGCCACAGCAACAGGAAUAUUAAUAACAAGAAGAUAUGCUAGUUUUUGCUUUCUCCAUUCUUUUCGAAGCACACUUUGAUUGAUUCGAAUCAUUAGUAGAAAUAGGUAGAGAAGAGGUCAAAUUUUUGAUUUUAGCUUUUAUUCAUAAUCCAAGGUGGGUUUCUAAUUAAACAACGAUCUUAGGUUGAAGUUGGAAUCUAAGACGCAUGAUUGAUUGAUUGAUUAUUGUCGUGCACGAAACAAUCAUCGGUGUUAAACCUCACUAAACCGAUGAGCAAUUCGUGCAAAUAACGGUUUGGUUUUGGGCUACAUGUUGCUAAGUGUAGGCGGUUAUGUUGGCAGAUCUUUGAACAAACACCGAUUUUUAGGGAACAUGCAGAGCAUGCGUGGUCAGAAGGUACACAGAUUCGGUUGUUUGGUAAUCGGCAAAAAGAAACUAUGCGAUUUUGGAUCUAAAACUCAAACCAAUCGUUUUCCUGUUUUCUCCACCAGAAAUGUUUUACUCACCCAAAAAAUCCAUACUUUUUUCGAUAUGGCCUGUUUCGACGGUCCCACGCGAUGCCAGGUGGUGGAAUAUAAGAAAUUGCAGGAAUGUAUCCGUCUGUAAAUGGUUUCUUAUUGGCCAAAUAUUUAUAAUGUAUGAUGCAACGAGUAUGGUGAACGAUAAGUUUAAGAACAUGAAUUGUAUUUGUUUUGCACUUUCUUUCCUCUACAAUACCACGAUAGAGAUGUUAUCUUUGCUUUUUUCUUUUGGAUUUUUUUGGGAGGAAUGCACUUAGAACAGGAGAGAAGAUAGAGAGAGAGAGAGAGAGAGAGAGAGAGAGAGAGAGAGAGAGAGAGAGAGAGCAGGGACAUCCUGCAGCUAGGAAGCAACUAAGUGAAGGAGCAUUUCAAUGAAUCAGCACUGUAGGAUGACUUUUAAAGGAUAACGAUGGUAUUUAGUGUAGCUUCGAGAUUUUUGUCGUAGCAGUCGUCGUCCCAUCGUGUACGAGAACAAAAGCAAGAUAGAGUGGGCGUGUGUGACUGCGCGCAAUUGGAGGGUCCCGUUUGGAAGAGUAAUGUUUUCUUUUUCUCCCUUUUUAUCAUCCCAUCCCUCCCCAUCACGCAUCUUCCUCGUGCUCUCCCUUCUAGUGUUAAGGACAAUGUGCGUGAAUGUGUUUCAUUUUUUUUAUCACUUGCGAUCGCGAGAACAAGGACGAAGCGUAAAAUACAAAUAGAACGAAAGCAACACGUACCACCACCCUAGUACACGGCGAAGCUGCCACAGGAAGAUUGAUGCUGCAGUUAGUAGCAGCACAAGAGUAGCCAGCCACCAUCAGCACCCAACCUCCUAAUCUCUGCGCAUCCUGUUGAGUUGAGAACCAUUGAGUAAACAAAAAACAGUGCGUGUGUGUGUGUGUGUGUGUGUUUGUGAACGAAUGUGUUGUGUGCGAGCGAGUUAGUAAAAGAGUACGAAAACAAAGAGAAUAAAAACAGAAAACUAGAAAGUAACGUAAGGAAAAUAAAACAAAAAAACAAUGAAUCAAAAAAACGGAA